AGAAAAGAGCACAGGAAAAGAGAUAGAUCACAGGUGAAAACUGGAACAAAAAAAAAUUUAAAUUUAAUAUUAUCCUUUGUUUUUCAAUCACGAAGUGGUGUGUAUAUCGUGAGAUAAAAUUGCAUAAAUUUACUACACAUAGAUUGUUUUAAUAAUCCAUAACAUGUUUAUGGAGUUACCCGAUGAAAACGAACAGAGCGACAGCGGCAUGGAGUCUCUGACGGCGAGCAAAGACGAUACGCCAGAACGUAGGCCCGAGGAUAUGUUCAUCACACCAGUGGUUGGGACAUCACCAAGUGCAGGCACUCCACCAUACUUAGCUCUCAAAGAAUUUGAUGAUGAGCCUGAUGAGACACUAUCUGAAAGACUAUGGGGAUUGAUGGAGAUGUUUCCAGAAUCUGUCCGUAAUGGCACUUACACUGUGACAACAAAAACUUGGGGAGGAGUCAAAGGUCUUUAUCAGCUGUCUCGCACCGUCAUGUGGAUAGUAGCAAGCUCAUCGGUUAUUCUAUUCGCACCUGUCAUAUUUGAGGUGGAAAGAGCGCAGGUUGAAGAAAUGCAAAAGUCUCAACAGAAGCAGGUCCUGCUUGGAACAAACACUGCAAUGUCAGGCCCAACACCAGGCUUGCCCCCGAUGCCACGAUAACUAUAAUAAACCAAAUAACUUAAUUUUAUAGAAACUACCCAUUAAUAAUGAUCAGAGUGUGAGCAUAUUAUGUAUACUUCAAAUGUCAGCCUGAAUGCUUUAAUGUUAGUUUAGGUAAUAAUAGGUACUAAUGGCUUUUGACAUCUUAACUGAAAGAUCUUACCUGCAUUUCCAAUAUAAGUAUAUUCUUAAAGUUAUGUUUAUAACUCAUAUUUUUAUUAUUUUAGUUGUAUUCAAAAAUGAAAUAACUUUAUAAGUUAGUUACUUAAUUGUAUUUUUUUCUGACCUGACUUUUGAAAAAAAGCGAGUAUUUUUUUUAGUUUAGAUGGCAAUUGGAUUAGUCCGUAUAACACAAUAUUAUGUAGUAUAUUAUUUUGAAAGUGUAGAUAUUGUUUUGUUUAUUGUCUCAUAGAAAAUAAAAAUCAUUAAAACUG